AUGCCUCACCGAUUGAGAUUCUCAGUAUCAUGCCUCCAACAUCUAUUAUUGCUACUGGCAUUCGUCAGCCAAAGCCUUGCUUCACCAACCCACUCUCAAUCGCCCGGCUCUCCCGUAAAACAUUUCCCCGCCACGGCCGACAUCCCAGGAUUCUCCCUCAGGCUCGGGUCCGACACGGCUAGUGUAUGCAACAGCUCAACUCCCGGCGUCGCCGGCUUUGUCGAUACAACCGAUGGCGAUGAUGAGAGUCAUCUGUUCUUCUGGCUUUUUGAAAGCAAGCAUCGUCCUUUUAAUGACCCCGUGAUAUUAUGGAUGUCUGGUGGCCCAGGAGCGUCUUCUACUGGCUAUGGCAACCUGAUGGAGUUGGGACCCUGUCGCAUCGCGCCUGAGGGCGGGUACACCAUCGAUAACCCGCACGGUUGGAACACGAAUGCAACCUUGAUCUUUGUCGAUCAGCCAGUAAGUGUCGGCUAUUCGACGGGAUCCAAGAUACCCAAUGGUCUGCAAGAAGCAUCUCAAACGAUGGAUCGAUUCCUUCGUCAACUCAUGGUCGCCUUCCCUCAAUACUCAAGCCUUGAUUUCUAUAUCGCUGGAGAGUCUUAUGGUGGAUCGUGGGUGCCGGCUCUGGCUUCCACAAUACUUGACAAUCAGGCAAAUUCCCACGACAUAAACUCCCGCAAUGCUGACCUCCAUUCUGCUGCUUCAGAGUUCUCGGUUCAAAACAACGAACAUCAUUGGGCAGGAGAUCAUUCACCGGUCCACCUACCUUCGCGAGUCCCGCUCAUCAACCUGAAGGGCAUUCUCAUUGGCAACGGAUUAAUUCGACUUCGUGUUCAGAAUCCAGGGACUUUCGAAGCGCUUUGUUCCGGGCCUGAUAGUCUGCUAAGCACCUCACAGUGCAUCGAAUGGGCCCCACUCAACCUGUGGUGCGAGCAGAAUCUAGGGGUCUGCGAAGGCACAGGCGAUGAUGAAGGAUGGACAUCCCGAGCUUGUAUCGAAACACACGAGAAAUGUUCCUCCAUGAGCGGCUACGUUGUCGACAAAUUGAGGCGCAACCCAUAUGACUGGAGACGAAGUUGUGGUGAUGGUCCUUCGGGAGAAUGCUACGCCGAGCUAGGCCACAUUGACGCCUUUUUAAACCAGACAAAGGUAAAGGUUGCCCUCGGAGUUAACGAAGAUGCUUCAUUUGAGGGAAUCUCGUACGAAAUACUCAAGCAGUGGGAGAGCGUGGGUGACUUGUGGAAGUCCAGCGAUGAGUACGUCAACAGGCUUCUUGAUGAGGGGAUUCGCGUUCUCAUAUACGUGGGCGACAAAGAUUUAUACUGCAAUGCAGCUGGAAUGCGGCGGCUCGUCAACGAGGGACUGGCAUGGCAUGGACACCCCUUCUUCCGCUUCCAAGAGAUGACUCUUUGGUACCAUGACGCUAAGGUAGCUGGCAGGUGGAAGUCUUACAAAGAGCUCACCUAUGCCGAGAUAUUCAACUCUGGUCACUUAGCACCAUUCGACCUGCCGGCCGAGUCUGCCUCACUAAUCAACUCGUGGGUCCUGGAUGGACAUCCACCAGUGCAGUAA